AUGCCAUUACAAAUCGUCGUUGUUGGAGCCGGUGUCCUUGGCCUCACGACUGCCCUCACAUUGAGUGAAAAAUUGACUGAUGAGCAUGAGAUUUAUGUUGUUGCAGAAUAUGGACCCCAUGAUACAAGUUUGAACUCAACAAUGUCUAAUGUUCCAGUCUAUACAUCACCUUGGGCGGGUGCUCAUUUUCGUCCAUUCCCCAGUGCUAAUGAACAAGAUAGGAGAGAAAUGAAGAUGACAAGGAAGACAUUGAGGCAUUUUGAGCAACUUGCAGAAAAUCAGCCUGAGACAUCCGUCACAAUCGUUAAAGGGUUCGAGUUUAUACACCCAUCACGUUACCAAGGAUCCUAUGGUCACAAAGAUGAAAUGAAUAAUUUCACAAGAAUUAAUAAGGAAGGCUUCAUUGGCUUCAGAUAUGAUACUUGGGUAUUGAAUCCAAUUGUUUACUUGGGAUAUCUCUACCGCAAGUUGCUUUUCCAACAAAAUGUCAAGUUUAUUCACAAGAAAUUGGAGAGUCUUAAAGAGGCCACGAAAUUGGUUGAAAACUCCAACGUAGUUAUAAUUAAUUGCUCAGCAAGGGGCUUAAGAUACCAGGGGGGGUAUGAUGACCAAUGCUAUCCUAUACGUGGUCAGACUUUACUUGUAAAGCCACCAAGAUCAUUCAAGUUGGACAAGACAGUCACGUACCAAUUGGCAGAUGGGUCGUGGAUCUUCGUCAUUCCCAGACCUUUGCAUGGAGGAGUAAUCCUCGGGGGAACAAAGCAAAAGAAUGACUCAUUCACCGGGGUUAGAGAUGAAGAUACAAAACAUUUGAUCAACUUGGGCAAUAAAUAUUUCCCCGAUUUGAGAAAAACUAAUGCUGUUACCGGUGCAGCCUAUUUCGAUAUUGAAAGAGUCAAUGUUGGUUUGAGACCUGCUAGAAUUGGUGGAUUGAACACCUCGGUUGAAUUUCAUGAUGGAUGUACAGUGAUUAAUAACUAUGG